AUGGUCUCAGACUCCUCUAUAAAAUGUCCCUUCCUUCUGACUGUCUUCACUGCAGCAACACCUUGUCUCCAGACACAGAGGACAACAGCUUCAGAGACCUCAUCGAACAUCUUUCUCCUCCAGAAAAGCAACACCUUGUCUCCAGACACAGAGGACGACAGCUUCAGAGACCUCAUCGAACAUCUUUCUCCUCCAGAAAAGAUGGCUGGCCUGUGUUGGAUGGCUGUGGUGCUGGCCUUCAGCCUGUCUGCUGGAAACACUGAGGCUAUGAAUCAGAAUAGGCUCGAAACAAUUGUAAAAUACAUCAUGGAAAUGUACUCAGUAUGCAAUAAAGGAAACACACUACAGUUCAGUUUGGCUGUAAACAUCCCAGAGAACCAGUACCUGAAUCUUCAGGAACUCUUCAAAGAUGACGUUGCUGACAAUGUGAAACGCUUGCUUAAAAAAGGGAAAGUGUACACAAGUAACAAUAUGGUUGCAGCAAUGCCUAUGAAAAAAAAAGAUGAGCAUGCAGAGGCACGAGUACUGGCCAACAUACAACCUUUACCUGACAGUAGUGCGGGUAAAAGUCUGGUCUUCUAUUCUUACCUUUCUCCAUGUGUCACAAAGUGUGCAAACCCAAAACAUGAUGAUAACAUCUUAAAAGAUAUUAAUGAGAAGAUUCCAAAAGACAAAUGGGCAGAACGUGUUUUUGUGUUUUCCACAAUAUUCAAAAAGUACACAGAUCAAAAUGGCAAAGAGCAAGAAUUUUCUGAAAAUGAAAUUAGAGACGCCCUUAAGGAACUUGGAGGAACUACAUUAGAUUACAACAUAUUCCGUUGUGACUACUCAUACAACGCUCAAGCAUCAGACCAUUCAGGUCCAUUCCAAUGCAUCAAGUGCUUCAGCAAUGGAGCUCCAGAACCUGUUGAUGAACAUUGUGUUCAAAAAGAAUUCAAACAAAAAAAAAACUAGACAUAAAUGUGUAAAACCCAACAGGGGCUGUGGUAGAGUUGCCAUGGAGUAGAGGAGUUCUGGGCUCUACUGUUUUAGGCCCAACUGAUGGAAAACAAACACAAACACAACUGGUUCCUACUGAAAUUACUUUUAAAGAAAUGGAUUGAUUUAUGCCUAACGAUGCGCUUUCUCCUUUAAACUACAGUACAAGCUUAAUAAAGUAACACGCUGGGGACACAAACACAUGUCAGAAGUUUGCUUUGGUCCAAUCAUUAACCAGCAUUUUCCUGCACACGAGGUUUUAAGUGAUUGUUUACCUUAACACGGACUGAUUUUGGGGUUGUUCCAUUUAACUGUUGUGAAUUACCAAAUGCCUGCUCUUAAUGGUUGAGUCUCCUUAAAUCAGAGUGUGGUCUAGACUUACUCUGUCUGUAAAGUGUCCUGAGAUAACUACUGUUAUAAUUAAUAAGAAUCAUAUCCUUCACUGACUGUCAGUGAUUUUAGGUUAGUAGGAAUUUUCUGCCCUAUCCAAAUAAAAAACUAAACUUACUGAAAUAUGGUAGACUGCUGCGGAGUUUAAACAGCCAGACAAUUAAAUGUUUAAGUGUAUUAUAAUUAUUGCCAAUAUAAACUAAACAAUACAUAAACAUAUUCUACGAUAUUUCAAAAAGUCAAAGAGUUGUUUAUCAAAUACUAAUCAUGUUAAAUGUGGAUGUUUAAUGUGUAUCAACCUCAGUAUUUACAUGAAUCAUGUCAUUGUACUCAAUACUUGUGUAAAGCAAACUGAAUCCUCUGAUGUUGUGCUCUUUCUGAUUAAAGCUUAGCUCAGCAUCCA